AUGGCUGCCUCACCUUUGAUCACAAAUCAUGGGCAAAAUUUUUUGUCUACUAAGCUUAUGCUAUUGGGUAAGAAAUAUUCAAGAAAUCUUGUUUGUUCUGCUACCUCUUCAAGUCGAACUCUGAUAUUAGCUGCACCUUCCCAUCUGCAGGCAUUGAUCAAGUGUAAAUCUGCUACAUUAUAUAGAGAGAAAAUGACGUCCUUGUUGCAGUGGAAUGCAACUUGA